AAUGAUCAAAACAGUUUUUUACAGGGAGACUUCAACAGUCAAACAGAACAACAAAAUUGCUCUUUACUAACAAAUUCAAGAAAUAAGAACGAUAAAAAUGAUCUGUGGAACAUUUCGAUAAAAAGUGAGACUGAAGCUAAAAUUAUACCAGCUGGUAGUGAAAUUCUUCUCAAUCUGUCCAACUCUUGCAAUGACACGGAAAAACCGAAUUGCUUACAGUACUAUCAUGAAGAUCUAAUUCAUCAAAAGCUAGAACCUAUUCAUUAUGGUAGUUUAUCUUACAUGGAUACAGAUUCACAGAAAUCAAUGACUAAUAUGGAUUCAACAGUAGAGAGUAAAAUUUAUUCACGAGUCAUUUGUGAUAAGCGUCCACAAUGUCAAUAUUGCUUACGAUAUUUUUCGACUAAAUGGAGUUUAAAAUAUCAUAUUUACACACAUACCGGAAGAAGACCGUAUGUAUGCGACGUUUGCGGCAAAUCUUCUUCUCAACCUGGAAAUCUAGCUAUUCACAAGCAAAGUGUUCAUAUGGGUAAAAAGCCUUUUAAUUGUGCAAAUUGCUCAAAACGUUUUUCUACGAAAAGUCAAUUAACAACUCAUACUUACACACAUACUGCUGAGAAUCCAUACAUGUGCCAUAAUUGCAGUAAGAAUUUCACAAAUAGUGGACAUCUGAAGGACCAUAUAAGAAGGCAUAUGAAUGAAAAAAGAUAUCAAUGUGAUUACUGCAUGAAAAAUUUUUCUUCAAUCUCGAACUUGAUUGCGCAUAGGCGUGUUCAUACUUCUGAUAAACGAUACAAGUGUAGUCGCUGCGAUAAAGGAUUUUUAACAUCUAAUUCUUUGCAGAGGCAUUUGCGAAUACAAACAAAUGAAAAAUCAUUCCAGUGCAAGAUGUGCUUAACAAGUUUUUGUACAAGCAAACAGUUGACUAGUCAUAUGUCUGUACACUCUGAUAACAAAUCAUUUGUGUGCCUCAACUGCAACAAAAGCUUCUCACGAAAGGAGAAUCUGAAAAUCCAUAUGAGAACACACAACGGUGAAAAACCAUUUCAUUGUCAGAAUUGCUCAAAGAAUUUCACAACAAACACGCAGUUGAAGAUUCAUGUACGCACGCAUACAGGUGAAAAACCAUAUGAAUGUAGUACGUGUAACAAGAAUUUCACAAGUUCUACACAUCUGAAGAGGCAUAUAGUAAUACACACUGGCGAAAAACCAUUCCAAUGUAAGCAGUGUUGGAAAAGUUAUACUACGUGGAGCCAAAUCACGUACCAUGCGCAAAUGCAUACUGGUAAGAAGAUAUACAUGUGUGACAUCUGCAAUAAAGGUUUUGCAGUUUCUGGAAAUUUAAACCGGCAUAGGUGCAUACAUGACCGUAAAUAA